CACCAACUCUCUGUGUUCGAAAACAAAUAUGAGCUUCUCAUCACCUUUUCCUCCCAACUUGUUACCCGAUGAAGGGAGCCCCGAAUGGAUGAACAAAGCCGACAACGCGUGGCAGCUCGUUGCGGCAACGCUGGUCGGCUUGCAGAGUGUCCCGGGGCUAAUGAUCUUGUAUGGUGGCGCUGUCAAGAAGAAAUGGGCGGUGAAUUCGGCUUUCAUGGUGUUAUAUGCUUUUGCAAUGGUUCUUGUUUGUUGGGUGUGUUGGGGAUACCGGAUGUCUUUCGGGGAUGAACUUGUUCCUGUGUGGGGAAAGGGCAAUAUCGCCCUCACGCAUAAGUACCUUUUCGAACAAGCGUUUCUUGGGAUGUUCCCGAAUGCCACUAUCGUGUUUUUUCAGUUUGUUUUUGCGGCGAUCACUUUGAUUUUAAUCGCGGGUGCUGUUUUGGGUCGGAUGAGUUUUUAUGCAUGGAUGUUGUUUGUACCACUUUGGCUAACCUUUUCUUAUACGUUUAGCGCGUUCACGAUUUGGUCUACGAAAGGCUGGCUAAGCAAAAUGGGCAUUAUCGACUUCGCUGGUGGUUACGUUAUACAUUUAUCUUCAGGAGUCGCCGGUUACACCACUGCUUAUUGGGUUGGUCCUAGAUUGACCAAGGACAGGGAAAACUUUCCUCCCAACAAUAUCAUAAUGAUGUUAGCGGGUGCGGGUUUGUUAUGGAUGGGCUGGACCGGGUUCAACGGCGGAUCCCCAUACGUGGCUAGCACAGACGCUUCCUUAGCCGUGUUAAACACGCACGUCUGCGCGGCUACAAGCCUCCUCAUAUGGCUCAUACUCGACAUAAUUUUCUUCAAAAAGCCAUCGGCUGUUGGCGCGGUUCAAGGCAUGAUCACGGGCCUAGUUUGCAUCACCCCUGGAGCCGGGGUGGUGCAAGGAUACUCCGCGAUCAUAAUGGGCGUUUGCGCGGGCUCAAUCCCAUGGUUCACAAUGAUGGUGGUGAACAAGAGAGUUAAACUACUACAAAAGGUUGAUGACACGAUGGCGAUGUUGCACACACACGCUGUUGCGGGGAUUCUAGGCGGGAUCCUAACGGGCUUGUUUGCCGAGCCUCAUUUGUGCAAACUAUUUUACGGAAGUUUGAAUAAAUACAUGGGUUUGUUCCACGGGUUACGUGUCGGAACAUCGGACAGUAUUCGUUGGGGAGUCAGGCAAAUGGGAAUUCAAGCGAUCGGGAUUUUGUUUGUUUUGGUGGUGAAUGUUGUUAUGACGAGUUUAGUGUGUUUGUUUGUGAGAUUACUUGUGCCUUUGAGGAUGACCGAUGAUGAGUUGGAAGUAGGUGACGAAGCGGUUCAUGGUGAAGUAGCUUAUGCUAUUUCGGGACAAGGAGAAAAGGUCGAGAUACCAAUGUACUCGAGUUAUUAUAACGAUAUUGAAACCCCGAGCAAAUAUGGUGUAAAUUCUGUUGAAUAGCAAUGAAUUAUA